AUGGCGUCAGAGUCUUCUAAGGAGGAGGACUCCUUCACUUGUCCAGUCUGCCUGGACUUGUUGAAGGAUCCAGUGACUAUUCCUUGUGGACAUAAUUUUUGUAUGGGCUGCAUUAAGAGCUGCUGGGAUCAGGAGGAUAGUAAAGGAGAAUACAGCUGCCCCCUGUGCAAAGACACCUUCAACUCCAGGCCUGUCCUCCGCAAAAACCCUCUGAUUGCUGAAAUGGUGGAGAACCCGACCACUUUCAUCCAAGCUGCUGCUCCUGCUCACUGUUAUGCUGGACCUGGAGAUGUGGCCUGCGACGUCUGCACCGGUAGAAAACUCAAAGCUGUCAAGUCCUGUCUGGAGUGUUUGGUAUCCUACUGUGACACUCAUUUGAAAGCUCACAAUGAAGUUAAUCCAGGUAGACCACACACCAUGGUCGAUGCCACAGGCCAGCUACAGGAGAGGAUCUGCCCCCGUCAUAAGAAGGUUUUUGAGAUAUUCUGCCGCACCGACCAGAGUUGCAUCUGCUAUCUGUGUACGAUGGAUGACCAUAAAGGCCAUGACACAAUCACAGCUACGGCAGAGUGGAGUCAUAAAAAGGAGGGGUUGGGGGAGAGCCAGAGGAGAUGCCAGAAGAUAAUCCAGUUGAAGGAGAAGGAGCUGCAGGACCUGAGGAAGGCCGUGGAGACUCUCAAGUCUGGUGCACAGACAGCAGUGAAGGAGAGUGAGAGGAUGUUUACUGAGCUGAUCUGCUCCAUUGAGAGAAGGCGCUCUGAGGUGACAGAGCUGAUCAGAGCUCAGGAGAAGGCUGAGGUGAGUCGGGCUGAAGGACUCCUGAAGCGACUGGAGCAGGAGAUUGCUGAGCUGAAGAGGACAGAUGCUGAGAUGAAGCAGCUUUCACUGACUCAGGAUCCCAUUUACUUCCUCAAGAACAUGGUGUCCAUCGCUGGAGAUCCAUGCAGUGCUGUGACCAGAGGGACCUACAGCCAAAGCCACUUCUUUGAGCCCCUGAAGAAAUCUGUGUCUGCACUGCAGAUGCAGCUGGAGGAGAAAUUUGAGUCAGUCUUCAAGCGGGAAAUAGUCAAGAUAUCUGCAGCAGCAACUAAGGCGCAGAUCAUAAGAGAUGCUGCCCUGACGAUGGGGAAGGGGAUGAGGAUGGGGAAGAGGACGGUGUCUGUGAUAGUGUGUGUGUUAGCUUGUGUGGUGUCACUUAGUCUGAUGACCUCCACUUCUGAAACUGAACCAGCGCCUGUUAGCCCGGCUCUUACUGCUGAACCAGUGACUAGAGAGGACUUCUUAAAGUAUUCCUGUCACUUCACUCUGGAUCCAAACACAGCAAACACCUUCCUCCAUCUGUCUGAGGGGAACAGGAGCGUGGAGAGGAGACGUGAGGCCCAGUCAUAUCCUGAUCAUCCAGACAGAUUUAAUUAUUAUUUUCAGGUGCUGUGUAAAGAGGGUGUGUCUGAACGCUGCUACUGGGAGAUUGAGUGGAGUGGUGGGAAUGUUGAAAUAGCAGUGUCAUAUAAAAGCAUCAUCAGGAGAGGACAGGGUGGUGGGUGUAAGUUUGGAAAUAAUGAUCAGUCCUGGAGGCUGGACCUCGACAGCUCCAGCUCCUAUUUCUGGCACAAUCAUGAACAGACUGCUCUCCCUCUAGUGGCCAGUUCCAAAAUAGGAGUGUAUGUGGAUCACAGGGCAGGAACUCUGGCCUUCUACAGCAUCUCUGGAGACACAAUGACCUUCCUGCACGGAGUCCACACCACAUUCACACACACUCUCUACCCAGGGUUUUAUUUAUAG